GUAUGACAUAUAGUUUGGGACUCCAGCACCGACAAGAAUGGCACAUGAAUUGGCCUCUAGUGGCCGUGUUCGUUGUGAGUGUGGCUUUCUUCACCUAUCUGCUCAUAGCCGACCCGAACUACUGUGGCUGUGAAUUCAGAAUCAACUGUGGCGACUAUGAAGUGCUGACGGCAAUGAAUCUGACAGUACCAUCGAAUGCUGGGCCAACGGAAGAAAAAUACCACUCGCAAUUUGGCCACAACAUCUUCCCAAUGAGCUUCCGAAUCUCUGUAUGCCGAGUGAACGUGGUCACUGAUUGA